GUGGAUGAGUCACGUCCAGGGCCAGCAGCAGCAGCGCCGCCGUUCUGAGUCAUAUUGGUACCUUUCAAAACGCCCCAAAGAUCGUGAGGAUUGAGGCUGACUUUCUUCUGAUGGCUCAUAGUAAGAGACCGCUUGAAAUGAAUGUUGUGCAAUAUCGUCGACUUGUGGGGGGCACACACACGGUAACUGUGGCCGUAGUGUCUAAUAAUUGCAGAACCACCAAUCACGUGCAAGGUGAAAUUCAGUUGCCCGCAUCCAGCUCGAACGGAGAACAUAGAAAUUUAUUUUUCCCCAGGAUCAUCUACACCAGCACAACGUCGCCCUUUCCACAGCAACAAUGUCGUUCCGAGGCGAUUCGCGAGGUCGUGGUGGGUUCCGAGGUGGUGAUAGAGGAAGAGGAUCGUUUGGAGGAAGAGGCGGAGGACGAGGUGGUUACCAGCAACAGAGCUUUGGGCCGCCCGCCCAGGUCUUUGAAAUGGGCAAAUUCCUCCACGCUUCCGAGGGUGAAAUGGUUUGCGAAUCCGUCAACCCAAAAAUUCCCUACUUCAACGCCCCCAUCUAUCUCGAAAACAAGACUUCGAUAGGAAAGGUGGAUGAAAUUCUGGGACCGAUCAACCAGGUCUAUUUCACGAUCAAACCACAAGAAGGAAUUCAAGCUGCAUCUUUCAAGACGGGAGACAAAUUCUACAUUGGAGGUGACAAGCUCUUGCCUCUGGAGAAAUUCCUACCGAAGCCCAAGCCCCCGCCAGGAGCCGCAAAAGUGAAGAAGCCAGCAGGUGCCGGACGAGGAGCAGCGAGAGGAGGCUUUGGUUUUGGCGGGCGAGGCGCUCCUAGAGGGCGCGGAGCACCGCGAGGAAGAGGAGGCUUCGGCGGACGAGGAGCACCCAGAGGAGGGCCUCGAGGAGGCUCCUUCGGUGGUCGCGGUGGCGGAAGAGGUGCCCCCAGAGGCCGUGGCCGUUUCUAAACCUUGGUCGAUGGUGUUUCUUACUAUUGGACGUUUUUCCUAGCAUGGUUUCGGCGUUGGGGACAAUACCCAUGGCAAAAGUAUGGCUAUUACAAUGAGGUCGGCGAUGUGCGACGUCUACUGCACCAGAUUACCCAUACCUGGCCUAUCUAGACUCGAAAGGAGGGUGUUCAAGGUAUUGCUGAUACAAAUGUUUACAUCUUCA